GUUCACCAUAUAUUUAUGUCAUUCAUCGAAGAGCACCUAAGGCUUGAUUAUAUUUAUCAGAUUUUUGACACUUGCACGGCCACGCUAAAGUUAAAUUUAAGCUUUCCAAAAGUAAACAGUAAACAUGAACGCACCACCGACGUUUGAAUCAUUUUUAUUGUAUGACGGAGAAAAAAAAAUCGUCAAAGAGUUGGACACAAAAGUUGUGAAUGCAGCAAUAUUCACUAUAAACAAAGAAGAUCACACAUUGGGAAAUAUGAUCAGGAACCAAUUACUUAAAGACCCCAAUGUACUAUUUGCCGGAUACAAACUACCCCAUCCUUUGGAACAUAAAUUUGAACUUCGUAUACAAACAAGCUGUCCUGAGUAUACACCACAAGAUGCUUUAACCAACUCGUUAACUGAUCUUUUGGCUGAACUUUCUUUGUUCGAAGAACGUUUCAAGGAUGCUCUAAAGCAGAAAAAAGACGAAGGUUUCGAUUAG